AUGAUGCGAUCCGAUGAUGGAAGUUGGGCGUCAAAUCCCGAUGAAAUCAAAUCUAUGGUGGUACAAUAUUGGUACACAUUGUUCACAGAAGAGCAUCCCAACUAUAGUGUGAGUAAUUUCUCGGUGGGGGACUUCCCAAUGAUGUCUGCAAGGGAGCAUGAAUCUUUAUGUCACCCUUAUGCUCAAUGUGAAGUAGUGAGGGAUAUCAAGAGUAUGCAAGCUUUCAAAUCACCUAGACCAGACGACUUUCAACUAUUAAUUUACCUACGAUACUGGGAUAUAAUGCAACCUAAUGUCACGAAACUAGUCCUGGAUGUGGUGAGUGGUAGGGAAUUUCCUGAUGAUUUUAAUCGUGCGUUCCUAGUGUUAAAUCCAAAAGUGGAAAGUCCUGAAAUGGUUACACAAUUCCGUCCUAUCGGAUUAUGCAACAUAGUGUACAAGAUAGCCACUAAGAUAAUUGUGAAUAGACUCAAACAGGUCCUCCCUUCUUUGAUAUCCCCAACACAAUGUAGUUUUGUCCCACAUCGUCAAAUCAUAGAUAAUGAGAUUAUAGUUCAUGAAAUGCUCCACACCAUGAGGAAAAAACAAGGCUCGAUGGGUUACAUGGCACUCAAGAUCGAUUUUGAAAAAGCCUAUGAUAGGCUAAGAUGGAGCUUUUUAGGAAUUCACUCAUGGAACUUCGAUUACCUCAGAGUAUGA